UGUGUCGCCAUCAGUUCCCUUGUUUCUCUCCAUGCACACACAUAUGUGUCACACUUGGAAGUGUCGCGAUGGAUAGUGGAACUCGGACAUGGCAUUGGCAAGGCGCACCCACCCAUCCCUCCAUUAAGCGCACACACGCAGAUCCCUCCCUCUUCACACACACACACACACACAUCCUUUUGCUCGCUGGUGUGCCUGCCUGCCUGCUUGGCUCGGUCAGCGGGCCUGCUUGACAAAACUGAUGAACCACCCAGACAGAGACAUCGUGAAGGAUGAAAAACCCAGCACUGCACACACACACACACACACACACAUAUCGCAGAGAGGGAGAGAGAACGUGUCCGUCCAUGAGGGAAUCCCUUCCUCGUGAGUCUUGUGAGUGUGCAGCUUUCAGACAGACAGACCUGCGACGUAUCCGGCGUAAGAAAAGUGGGCGUAGGCAAUCCGCUGUGGGCCCACGAUGCCGCCCAUGCCGAUGAGCUGCAGCGCCAGGCCCUCGAUGAGCGGACCGAUCGUACUGCCGAUGAAGGCGCUCACUCCCCAUAUACCUUCACACACAGAGACAGACAGGUGUCUGUCACUCGCUUUGCCCUUGGCUGUGUUGUUUUGUGUCCCAUUUGCUCACUCACCGAGGUCCUUUGCUGCCGUCUUCCUGUCCGGCAAGCAGUCGAGUGCGAGCGCCAAGUCGACAGAGAGGUAUGCGCCGUUGCCCACGCCGUAGACCACCGCACACACGAAGAUCGACGCAACCAAGGCACUGUGUUCGUCCGUCGUCUGAAGGCAUAUGAAUGACACACAGAGCAUGCCAUGCCCCCGUCAGGUCAGUCAGUCUGGUGUGUCAUGGUCAUGGUGUGUCUGUCAUUUGUGUGUGCAGGGUGGGGCGGUAGGGUACCCAUGGCAGGACGAGGAAAAUGACCCAGGUGAGCGACAUGAGGAAGCAGGCGAAGUAGACCAGGAUCUUCCGGCCGGAGUACUCGCUCAGAUAGCCGGCGGGGAAGGCCACAGCUGCUGCCGCCAUCUACACACACAGGACACACACACACACACACACAUCCAUUCUCCAUGUGCCUCUCUGUGUUUCUCUUCUUUUCUCUCUCUCUCUCUCUCUCUCUGUGUGUGUGUGCCUGUCCGAGUAGGGCGAUGACUGAUAUCUGGAACUUGCGCGUCGGCUCGUCCGUCGUCCCGAUCACGUCUCGUAGGUAAUACAAAAUGAAGCUCUGCCCACUGAUGGCCAGAUAGUAGAGCGUCCUGCGCCACAACAGAUAGCACCACAACACACAACCAGCACAGCAGCACCUUUCCCUCAUGCCCGUGUCUCGAUCUCCAACUCUCACCCACCUGGCCACGAAGAUCCAGAAGAAGUCUGGGUGUGCAUUGCGGUCGAUGACGAACGAUUUGAGGAUGUCCCUGCAGGUGAUGUCCGCUGGCAGCAGGCACGGUCCCCUCGGCCAGGCCUCGCUGUAGUCCUCGAUGGCCGCCAGGCACACCAGCACGCACGAGACGAAGAUCAUCACCGUGUAGACGAAAUACAGCACGUGGAAGUCCAUAUUCUUCGUGUAGCCCACAAAGAGGGAACCUGACACACACACACGCACACACACACACACACACGACGCACACACGUGAGAGAUGCAUCGGGGCCGUGUGUUUGCUGAUUUGAUUUGCUCACAGACGAACUAACCGAGAGUGGAUCCGGUAAGGAGGUGGACGGCUACGAUGCCUGAGGAGGUGCCCUGGCUUUGUUCGUCGGGCAGCUGGUCGGGGAUGAGGCCGGUCUGCGCCGAGUAGAUGAUGUUGGAGCACCCCGACAUGAGCGAGAGGAACACCAGCCACAGCACCCUCAUGUACAUCAGGCUCGCAAACCACAUACCCAGAAAACACGCAGCCGUCAGCAGCCCGCCUGAUCACUCGCAGACACAGAGGCAGAGACAGAGAGAGAGAGGCGGAAUGAUAGACACAGACAGACACAUAAGCGCGGAUGGGCCCUCCUCUUGUGUGUACCUAUGAAGAUGAACGGCCGUCUUUUGCCGAACGGCGAGUAGUAUCUGUCCGAGAUGGUCCCGAACACCGGGGAGAGAAACUGUGUGAGGCCGAUCAUCGUCACGCUGAGGCCGAGGAAGAGCGACUCCUGCUGCGGCCAGAGCCGCACCGCCUCGGCCGGCAACACGUAGAGCGCCAGGGUGGCGUACGCGAAGCCAUAGGGCAUGUUGAAGCACGUCAGCCACACCAUUAGACCGAGGCGCUUGGCGCGGCUCAUGGCGAGCAGCUGCUCGGUGCUGCUGCCGCCCUUGCGCAGGCGGUAGCCCACACGAGCCGCGUGUGUGGUGGGGCUGGGGGUCAUGGUGGUGGGCAGGCCCUCGCCCUUGGAGGGACGACCACCUGCACACAUAAACCAGCCAUCACACACAAUGUCUGUCUGUGUGACUCACUGAUCGUCUUGCUUCUCCCUCCCUCCCUCCCUCCCUCCCUCCCUGACUCAUUCGCUCAUUCCCUCACCCAUGAGUGGCGUCCUCUCGCUGUCGCCCGGCGCCCCUUCCGUCCCUCCACUCAGAGCACCAGACGUCCGGGAAGGCUGUCCACCCCGUCCCAUGCUGCCGCUCCGCUGCCGCCACACCAGCUGGGCGGCAUCUGCAAUGUUGGGUGGGGCUUCACGGGUUGGGUGGCGGGUGGUAGGGUGCUGGGAGGCCGUCGUCUGGUCAGUGUCCGAUACGGGGCUUGUGGGGCUGGGCUCCAUGAUGAUAGCGAUGCUGCAUGCAGCUAUGAAGGGGAUGAGAGGAGCGAUUGGCACUCGUCAGGCGUCAAUGAGAAGCCAGCGGUGCAAACUUAGUCAGUUGAACAAACAAGUGAACGAACUCAAGUUCUCGUGGGGCUCUGCUUUCCGGUGGAGAGGACGGGUCUUUGUUCUUUGUACGGCUCAAUGCUGCUUCUGGUAGAGAGCCGAGCGUCCUCCGAGCCUUU